AUGCCCAAGCGCUCGGCCGCUGACGCCCACCUGGCGGCGGUGGUGCCUGGACCCAAGGUGGACGGCGCAAUGAAGAGCCGCAGCGGGCGCACCGUCAAGCCCAAGGUGUGGGACGACGGCACGCUGGCCGCCCCGCUGGCCGGCCUCAGGGACGACGCUGGGGAGCCGUCGCCCGGCGGCGAGCGCGGCGGCCCCGCCUCGGACGCCGCCGACCCCGACUUCAGCCUGCUCGCGGAGCAGGCGGCGCACGCGCACAGCGACAGCGCAGGCCGCGGCAGCACGGGCGCCCGCGGCAGCGGCGGCGUGCCCUCCCAGCAGGACCUGCAGCAGCAGCAGCAGCAGCACCACCAGCACCACGAGGGCGACCACGAGGAGGAGGUGGACGGCUACUCAGAUGACAGCCCCCGCGUCUCGCUGGACGGCUCCCAGGGCGGCGGCUCCACCGGCCGCGCCCGCUCGGGCUCGGUGGGGCGCGACGAGCACGGCAAGUUCACGAGCGGGCCUCGGCCGCGGGGCAGCCGCGGCGGCACGCGCGGCGCGCGCAGCGAGGGCGGCGGCGGCAUCUUCAAGAUGGCCGCGGUGGAGGUGCUGCGCCUGGAGAAGCGCCUCAUGUCCACAGGCGAGAUUGCUCGCGUGGCGCUCAAGCGCGGCCUCAUCAAGUGCACCGGCAAGACGCCCGAGGCCACCAUGGCCUCCGCACUCUACACCGACAUCAAGCGCAAGGAGGGGCAGUCCAUCUUCAUCCGCCCCCACGAGGGCCUGUUUGGGCUGCGCGAGUGGAUCGAGCAGGGGGUGGCCUUCCAGGACGAGUUUGCUGAGGAGAUGGCCAAGCGGGCGCGCGCCGCCUUUGGCGCCUUUGUGGGCAUGCCGGGCAUGCCGCCGCUCGUGCCCCCCAUGGUGGACAGCGAGGGCGUGCCCAUCUCCGCGCCCUACCCGCCUAUGAUGCCCUUCCCAGGCAUGCCGGGCAUGCCGGGCAUGGCGCUGCCCAUGCCGCUCGUGCCGGGCGUGGCGCCGCCGGCGGCCGCCGCGGCCGCCGCCGCCGCCGCGGCCGCCGCCGGCGACGACUCCCCCGACGGCCUCAUGGAGCUGCUGUCUGCGGCGGAGGAGCUGCACAAGUCUUCGUCCAAGGAUGCGCAGGAUGGCGAUGUGAAGUACGAGGCAGAUGGCACCCCGAUCCCAGCGGCCGCGCCAAAGCGCGCGGCCACGCCCGCCGCCGUCGAGGCGCCCGGCGGGUCGCAGCCUGCCAUGCAGGCGCCCGAGGCAGCCAGUGCCGCACCCAUGGAUGUGGAGCGGCCUGCCGGCAGCGAGGGCCAGCAGGCGGUGGCGGCGGCGGCGGCGGCAGGGGCGGCGCCGCCUCCGGGCGAGGGCUCGGAGCAGGCGACGGCGGUGCCCGCGGGCGACGGCUCCGCCAUCCACAGCCACAGCCACAGCCAGAGCCAGAGCCAGGCGGAGCGCAGUGCAGCGGAUGUGCAGGCGCGGGCAGAGGAGGAGGAGGAGGAGGAGGAGGAGGAUGAAGACGAUGCCGCCGCCAUGCUGGCAGCGGUGGCAGAGGCGGCGGCAGGCGCGCCCUCCUCGCGCCCCUCCCCCGAGGCUGAGCUGGCGGCGGCCGCAGCUCUGCGUCACGCCUUCCCCGGCUUCCCUCCCGCGGAGGGCGGCGCGCCGUUCGGCGGCAUGCAGUACCCUCCCUACGGCUACCCUCCCUACGGGUACUACCCUCCCUACAUGUACGGUCCUGCAGCCGCCGCGGCAGGCCUGCCCCCGCUGCCCAAGCAGCAGCAGCGCAAGGGCGGCGGCGUGGUGGCCGCCGCGUUUGCCGAGGCCGACGCCGCCGCGGCCGACGCCGCCGCCGAGCUGGCCGCGGCCGGCAGCAGCGGCAGCGGCAGCCUGGACCUCACGGUGCGCGGCAGCAGCCGGCCGUUUGCGGCGCUGGCCGCGGCCGGCGGCGGCGGCGGCGGCGGCGGCCGCGCCGGCUCAGCGGCGGCGCUGGCGGCUGCCAUGGAGGCGGGAGGGCAGGAGCAGGUCAACAUCCUUAACCUGCCGCUGCCCGAGGUGGAGCCUCAGGGCGCCGCGGGGCCGCCCGCCGCGCCGCCCACGGCUGCCGAGCUGGAGCCUGCGCGGCUCAAGGAGGCGGAGGCUCAAGUGAUGCGGCUGGAGAAGGAGCUGGGCACCAGCCACCCAGAGGUGGGCAAGGCCUACCUCUCCCUCUCCCGCCUCUACCUGGCGGGCUGCGAGGAGAGCAGCAGCAAGCAGCUGGCGGUGGCGGCGCUGAGCCGGUCCUGGGAGAUACUCAACGUGUGCCAGCUGGCGCUCAAGCGGCAGCCCACCUGCGGCUCCUCCUUCACAUACCUCAUGGACAAGAUUCGGUCGGCGGAGCUGCAGAGACCGGCGGCGGCGGCGGCGGCGGCGGCGGCCGGCGGCACGCCCGCCGCCGCGCCGCAGGCGCCGCCGCAUGCGGCCGCGGCGCCCGAGCAGCAGCGGCCGGUGGGGGAGCCAGCGGCCCACGGCGACGCAGCGCACGUGGCCUUGCACCACAGCCCCGCGGCGGCCGCGCCGCCUGCUGCCGCGCUCGCCGCCACGGCGGCGGCGCACUGA